GACCUCGUGGAAGAAGUUCUAUAGGUGCUGAUGCAAAAACAGUGUAGCAAUGGAUCAAAGAAAAAAUGAUAGUUUUGUCCCAAGUAUCACGCAGCUGGAAGACUUCCUGACAGAACAUGACUCUAACGUGGUUUGGCUGUUAGUAGCAACAAUAUUGUCCUGUGGAUGGAUUAUCUACCUAACUUACUAUAAUUCCCGGAACAUUGGACUCAUUUUAACGCUGGUUCUUAACAGAUUAUAUAAACAUGGCUACAUCCAUAUUGGUUCCUUUUCAUUCUCUGUGCUGUCUGGAAAAGUCAUGGUGCGUGAAAUCUAUUUCAUCACGGAGGACAUGUCCAUCAGAAUUCAAGAUGGAUUUAUCAUUUUUCGCUGGUGGAAGAUGUACAACCCUAAGCAGAAGCAGCACGAUCCAAAGGCAGAAACUCGACUGUAUAUUAUGGUGAAUGACUUUGAAUUUCACGUGUACAACCGCUCUGAACUUUAUGGACAACUUCAAGAACUGUUUGGCUUGGAUCCCACAAUAAUUCCAGCAAAAAAAGAUGAUGAGAGAGCACAAGUGAAUGGGAGGCAGAGAACACACGCCAAUCUUGAAAGUGUUAAAGUAAAAACAGAAUCUCAAGACCCCUCUUCUUCAUGGAGAUCACUUAUUCCGGUCAUUAAAGUCAAUGUGAGCACGGGUCGCUUGGCAUUUGGGAAUCACUAUCAGCCACAAACACUUUGCAUUAACUUUGAUGAUGCCUUUUUGACAUACACCACAAAACCACCUUCAAGCCACCUUGAUCAGUUCAUGCACAUCGUGAAGGGAAAAUUGGAAAAUGUUCGAGUCAUGCUGGUUCCAAGUCCAAGAUAUGUUGGUCUUCAAAAUGAUGAACCACCGAGGCUGAUGGGUGAAGGUUUUGUUGUAAUGCAGUCCAAUGAUGUUGAUAUCUAUUACUAUAUGGAUGAACCAGGUCUUGUACCAGAGGAGACAGAGGAAAGUAAUGAUGGAGAAGCCAGCAACGAAGACAGCAAGUUACAGGACCUGCCACCAUGCUGGGGUUUGGACAUUGUGUGUGGAAAAGGGACAGACUUCAACUAUGGGCCGUGGGCUGAUAGGCAGAGGGAUUGCUUGUGGAAGUUUUUCUUCCCACCAGACUAUCAAGUUAUGAAAGUCUCAGAAAUUGCUCAGCCUGGGAAACCAAGGCAGAUCCUUGCUUUUGAACUGCGGAUGAAUAUCAUUGCAGAUGCCACUAUUGAUUUGCUUUUUACCAAGAACAGGGAAACAAACGCUGUACAUGUAAACGUUGGUGCAGGAUCCUAUUUGGAAAUAAAUAUUCCCAUGACAGUGAGUGAAAAUGGCUAUUCACCUACAAUUAAAGGGCAGCUCCUCCACGUGGAUGCCACCAGCAGCAUGCAGUACAGGACUCUCUUGGAAGCAGAAAUGCUGGCUUUCCACAUUAAUGCCAGCUAUCCCCGGAUAUGGAACAUGCCACAGACAUGGCAGUGCGAGCUGGAGGUUUAUAAAGCAACCUAUCAUUUCAUCUUUGCUCAGAAGAGCUUCUUUACAGAUUUGAUCCAAGACUGGUCAAGUGACAGUGCACCCGAUAUUUUUUCAUUUGUUCCAUAUAUGUGGAACUUCAAAGUCAUGUUCCAUCAGUUUGAAAUGAUCUGGGCAGCAAAUCAGCACAAUUGGAUUGACUGUUCCACCAAACAACAGGAGAAUGUUUAUCUAGCAGCUUGUGGAGAAACCCUGAACAUUGUUUUUUCUCUGCCUUUCACUGACUUUGUUCCAACCACAUGCAAUACUAGAUUCUCCUUAAGGGGAGAAGAUGUUGAUCUUCAUUUGUAUCUGCCUGAUUGCCAUCCUAGUAAAUAUUCCCUUUUUAUGCUAGUGAAGGAUUGUCAGCCCAAUAAAAUAAAUCCCGAGUCUUGUAUUUCUGCGGAAUGUCAAAGCGGUCAGAAAACAGGCAAGCCCAAAUGGAGGAACAUUACUCAAGAAGAGGCUGGAUGGGUUGAAUGCUGGACGGUCCCAAGUGUUGUGUUUACAAUUGACUACUCCUGGCACCCAAUUUAUCCUCAGAAGGCAGAUGAGCAGUUAAAGCAAUCCUUGUCAGAAAUGGAAGAAACAAUGUUAUCUGUGCUAAGGCCGUCGCAGAAAACCACCGACAGUGUGAUUUCAUCUCCCACAGCUUCCACCCGCCUUCCCCUCGACCCCUCGGAGCUGCCCCCGGAUAAGCUCCACGUGGAGCUGGAACUCUCCCCAGAUUCCCAGAUAACCCUGUAUGGACCCUUGCUCAAAGCCUUUCUCUCCAUAAAGGAAAAUUAUUUUGGGGAAGAUGACAUGUACACUGAUUUUGAAGAGGUCAUUUCAAGCCCUGUUUUGUCCCUAUCAACAUCCUCAAGCUCUGGCUGGACAGCUGUAGGAGUGGAAAAUGACAAAAAAGAAAAUGAAAUUUCAGUCAAGCCCGUUCACCCUCUUACUUUACGCCCAUGGGAUAUCACUGUGCUUGUUAAUUUGUACAAAGUGCAUGGGAGAUUGCCAGUGCAUUGCAGUCCAGAUGGUCCAGAAUGCCCUACAGCUUUCUUGGAGAGGCUGUGUUUUGAGAUGAAGAAAGGAUUUAGAGAAACAAUGCUUCAGCUUGUACUGUCUCCAGUGAAUCUGUUUCUGAAUGACAAUUACCAGCGCCCUGCAGUGGACGAGGUGCUCCGGGAGGGUCACAUCAGCCUGUCGGGCCUGCAGCUCCGUGCCCACGCCAUGUUUUCUGCGGAAGGGCUGCCCCUGGGAAGCGACACUUUGGAAUACGCCUGGCUGAUAGAUGUGCAGGCUGGAAGCCUCACAGCCAAAGUGACAGCACCACAGCUCGCCUGUCUUCUGGAAUGGGGGCAGACCUUUGUGUUCCACGUGGUGUGCCGGGAGUUUGAGCUGGAGAGGCCCAAAUCCGUAAUCCUGUGCCAGCACGGCAUCGAUCGCCGCUUUUGUGACCCAAAGACAAACUCUGUGCCUGGGCCAUGCCCAACGUCAGAUGACUUAAAGUACACAAUGACACGCUUAGCCAUGGAUGGAGCAGAUCUGUAUGUGGUAGAACAUGGCUGUGCCACCAACAUCAAGAUGGGUGCCAUACGCAUUGCAAACUGCAACCUCCACAACCAGUCUGUCGGGGAAGGCGUCAGCGCUGCCAUCCAGGACCUGCAGCUCAGGCAGUACGUCGAGCAGGUGAACAACUGCAGAACUGGCCUGCAGCCAAUACUGAGGAGGGCAUACUGGCUGGAAGCUGGCUCUGUCAACCUGGGCCUCGUCACUGCUGACAUUGCUUUAGCUGCAGAUCAUCCCUCUAAACACGAGGUGCAGAGGCAUUUCUUGGAAACACACGAUAACAGAACCAAGAGGUUGUGGUUUUUGUGGCCUGAUGAUAAUUUGAGAAACAAGAGAAGCAAGAACAAGUGUGGCUGUCUCGGAGGUUGUCGGUUCUUCGGUGGCACCUUAACGGGACUGGAUUUUUUCAAACUUGAGGAACUGACACCUUCAAGCAGCUCUGCUUUCUCAAGCACCAGUGCAGAAUCUGAUAUGUUUUAUGGGCAGUCUUUACUGCAGCCAGGAGAAUGGAUAAUUACUAAGGAGAUUCCUAAAAUUUUGGAUGGUAAAGCAAAUGGUGUCAAAAGAAAAGAUUGGGACUGCAGAUCUGUGGGGAUAGAAAUGGAAAGGAAAGCACAACACCUGAGCCUCCAAGUGCCACUGCGCUCCCACAGCUCCUCCUCCUCUUCGGAGGAAACAAGCAGCUCCAGUGCUGCCCUGCCCUUGCUUGCAGGGGAGAAGGACAGCCCCUCAUCCACUGCUGAGGAUCACCUGGGACAGAAGGAGUUCCUACCCAGUGCAAAAAGGGAAGAUGCUCACGGAAGUGCCACGGCAGAGGGUGCAGAGGGCCGGCCUGCUUCCCCUGGCCCCCAGGAGAGGCCUGUGGGCCAGUCUCCCAUGAGGUCCCCGCUGAAGAGACAGGCGUCCGUGUGCUCCGCGCGGCUGGGCAGCACCAAGAGCCUGACGGCGGCGUUCUACGGGGACAAGCAGCCCGUCCCCGUGGGAGUGCAGUUCAGCAGCGACGUGUCCCGCAGCGACGAGAACGUCCUGGACUCCCCAAAGCAGAGGAGGAGCUUCGGCUCUUUCCCUUACACGCCGUCAGCGGAUUCAAACUCCUUCCACCAGUACCGCUCCAUGGAUUCCAGUAUGUCCAUGGCGGAUAGCGAGGCUUAUUUUUCAGCUGCGGAAGAGUUUGAGCCAAUAAGCAGCGAUGAAGGCCCGGGAACCUAUCCGGGGAGGAAGAAGAGAAAAAAGCAAGCUCAGAAAACUGAAUACAGUAGGGGAUCUAUUUAUCACAGCGUGGAAGGACCCUUAACAAGCACAAUCCAUAGAGAAAUCAGUCAAGAUAUGAAAACGUUGCCAAUUAAGACUCAUCCUUCCCAGGCUUCGUUUGUUUCAGCUCUGGGAGGAGACGAUGAGCACGUUGACAACAUGUAUGUCUUGGACUCUGAGAAGACUGUGGAACGUGAGCAAAUCACUUCCCAGCAGCCUGUAAUGGCAUGUUACCAAAAUUACCUGACGCAGUUCCAGGUGAUCAACUGGUCAGUAAAGCAUCCAACUAACAAAAGAACUUCCAAAUCCUCAUUGCAUCGCCCUUUAGACCUCGACACACCAACGAGUGAAGAAAGUUCCUCAUCUUUUGAGCAACUCUCUGUUCCAACUUUUAAGAUUGUUAAACAGGGUCUCACAGCUAAUUCAUUACUGGACAGAGGCAUGCAGCUUACAGGAUCAACAUCUAACACACCUUACACUCCUUUGGAUAAGAAAUCUGCAGAGAAUACAGAUGAUGAAACAAUAACAGAGGAGUGGACGUUGGAUCACCCGGUCUUCCAGACACGGACAACGGCAAUCGUGGAAGUAAAAGGAACUGUGGAUGUAGUUCUGACUCCUCUUGUAGCAGAGGCACUGGAUAGGUACAUCGAGGCCAUGGUGCACUGUGCCAGCUCCCGGCACCCGGCAGCAAUCGUGGAUGACCUGCACUGCAAAGUCCUGAGGGAUGCUGUGCAGAACAGCAAGACCAGCUUCUCAGAAAAUUUGUCUUCAAAGCAAGACAUCAGAGGAACAAAAAUAGACACCACCACCACAACAGGAAUAACAAACCAGGGACCAGCACAGACCAAUCUCUCACUUAAGCAAGAUAAUGUGACAAUUAAAGGUCUUCAGGCCAAUGUUACAGUUCCAAAGGUGAACCUGUGUUUACUUCAAGCAUCUGUGGAUGAAUCCCCAGGAGUUUCUUCCAGCAAAACCGUGACCCACGUUUCCUUAGUAGCUUUGUGUUUUGAUAGAAUUGCUACUCAAGUUCGUAUGAACAGGGGUAUAGUUGAAGAGCCUUCAAACAAUGCAGAAACUGGGAGGAAUUCUGUCACGUUUGAUCGUUACAUCCAAACCAGCAAAAUGCAGCCUCAGUCUUCUGGCUCGCUGAGAUCCAAUUCUGGAGCAGAAAAAGGAAAAGAAAUUGCUGCUAAAUUGAACAUCCAUCGUGUUCAUGGACAGCUUAGAGGUCUUGAUACAACAGAUAUUGGAACUUGUGCAAUAACAGCCAUUCCUUUUGGGAAAUCAAAAGUUCUUUUUACUUUGGAAGAGUUGGAUGAGUUUACUUUCGUGGAUGAAACAGAUCAACAAGCUGUUCCAGAUGUAGCUCGAAUUGGUCCUAGUCAAGAGAAGUGGGGUUGGAUCAUGUUUGAGUGUGGAAUUGAAAAUUUAACUAUAAAAGGGGGAAGACAAUCUGGGGCAGUGUUGUAUAACACAUUUGGAGUCAUGGGUAAAUCAAGAGACACAGAAAGAGGCGGAUUGCUUGCAUCAAACAACUCCUCAGAUUCCCCCACUGGUAGUGGCUACAACACUGAUGUGUCUGAAGAUAACCUCCCUUGUGACAGAAUCAGUCCCUCUUCAGAUAUUAAUGGAAAUUCAGUUUCAGAUGAGCAGGAUGAAGGAGUUGAAUCAGAUGAUCUGAAAAAAGAUAUCCCCUUGAUGCCUCCUCCCCCUGACUCCUGCAGCAUGAAGUUGACAAUCAAAGAAAUUUGGUUUAGUUUUGCGGCUCCCACCAAUGUGCGCUCCCCAGCCCAUAUAUAUUCAAGGCAGCUGAACCUCCUGAGCACAGCAACACCUGCAGUUGGUGCUUGGCUUGUUCCCAUUGAUCAAGUGAAGUCAUCAUUAAAUAAACUGGAAACUGAAGGAACCCUGCGAAUCUGUGCUGUUAUGGGGUGCAUUAUGACAGAAGCUCUAGAGAAUAAAAGUGUACACUUCCCUCUGAGAAGCAAGUACAACAGGCUUACCAAAGUGGCUCGUUUCUUGCAAGAAAAUCCUUCUUGUUUACUCUGUAAUAUAUUGCACCAUUACCUUCAUCAAGCAAAUUACUCCAUUAUUGAGGAUGCCACUAUGGUGAGUUACCCAGGAAAACUGGAAAUAUCUCAGUCCUUUAUUUGUCAUAAGCCUCUAGCAAGGCAGUGGAUGAAGUUCAUUGUAGUCACCCCAGCCUUUAAAGGAGUCAGCUUGCACAGACCAACCCAGCCAAUGAAACUGCAGCCAAAUGCCUGCCACGAGCAUGAGGAUGGCCUUGGACUGGACAAUGGAGGGGGCCUUCAGAGUGACACGAGUGCUGAUGGAGCAGAAUUUGAAUUUGAUGCAGCUACUGUGAGUGAGCACACGAUGCUCCUGGAAGGAACAGCCAAUCGCCCUCCCCCUGCCAGCGCCUCCUCCGGGCCUGUCACUGGUGCUGAGAUCAUGAGGAAGUUGUCCAAGACUCACACUCACAGCGAUUCUGUGCUGAAAAUAAAGGGCAUCCAUCCAUAUCAUUCCUUGAGUUACACCAGUGGAGAUACAGCUACGGAUUCGCCAGUGCACGUCGGCCGCUCUGGAAUGGGAGUCAGGGAAAGUCCAAGGAAGGAAAGUCUGCUCAGCUAUCUCACUGGGAGCUUUCCUAGCUUGCACAAUCUUUUGGAAGGGACCCCUCAAAGAAGUUCAACUGCAGUUAAAAGCAGUUCUUUAACAAGAACAGGAAAUACCGUGGCCACAGACAUGUUGUCUGAGCACCCUUUGUUGUCUGAGCCUUCCUCUGUGAGUUUCUAUAACUGGAUGUCCAAUGCUGUGGGCAACAGGGGAAGCGUCGUACAGGAAAGUCCGGCCACCAAGUCUGGGCACAACAGCCUUCCAACAGGUGUGGCACCCAAUCUUCCUACUAUCCCCUCUGCUUCAGACUUCAACACAGUUCUGUCCAGCGACCAGAACACCCUGGAUGGCACCCACUCGCAGCACAGCACCAGCCAGGAUGACAUUGCAGGAGUAGAAGAGGGCAACCAGGGCUUUCCUGCAGUUCAGCUGGCAGAUGCGCAGGUUGUUUUCAAGCCUCUGCUAAGUUACACGGGAAUUCAGUCGCAGGAUGCGAUGCCCCUGUGCUACAGGAUGUACUUUGGAGAGUACCUCUCUUUCUCAGGAACUCUGGAUUGCCUCAGAGCAGAUAUUGUAGAUUCAGACACAGCAAAGGAAAGGAAAAGCAAGAGAGCCCGAAGGCAAGGAGCUGUCAAUCUUCCUCCUCUGGAAUUCAAACCAGCUUUGAUGUUAGAGACUUUCAGCAUUAGCGCUGUGGUGAUGGAGAAAUCCAUGUGCACCCCUCACAACUCCACCAACGCCCUUUCCUUCCACGACUUGAACAAGCGCUAUUACAACACCUUCCACUGCAAUUUCACCAUUUCCUGCCAGUCCAUCAGCCAGCACGUGGACAUGGCCCUGGUGCGGCUCAUCCACCAGUUCAGCACCAUGAUUGAUGACAUCAAGGCCACGCAGACAGACAUCAAACUGAGCAGGUACACGGCUGGCUCGGCCUCCCCGACCCCCACCUUCAAAACCCGCAAGCACAGGGACUUCCGCUCCUCGGAUUUCAGCCGCAGCUCCCGGGGCAGCCUCAACGGAGGCACCAGGGUGAACAACACCAAGAGCAAGAGGACAAACAACGACAACAACAAGAAGGAGUCUCGCAACAAGAAUUCCCUGGGGAGGUCAGAGCGAAGGACUUCCAAAGUGUCCAGGAAAGGCUCCAAAGAUGUGGUUGACCACGUGACGAUCCAUAUGGAUGACUCCGACUCGAUUACCGUGUCGGAACAGAGCGAGCCCUCUGCGGAGUGCUGGCAAAAUAUGUAUAAGCUGCUGAACUUCUAUUCACUCAUUUCUGAUCCAACUGGCAUCUUGGAAAAGUCUUCUGAAACUUUUGGGCCAACAGGUGUUCGAAGCCCCACGGAGCCUGCCUGCAGGGUGGUGUUUGAGAACGAGCAGGACAACGGGCGGAAGCGCAGCCUGGUGACCUCGGAGCCGCAGCACGUGACCCUCAUCGUCUUUGGGAUAGGGAUGGUGAACAGAACCCACCUGGAGGCUGACAUUGGCGGCCUCACCAUGGAAUCAGAGCUGAAGAGGAUCCAUGGCAGCUUCACCCUGAAAGAGAAAAUGAAAGAUGUGCUACAUCAAAAGAUGACUGAGACAUGUGCCACUGCUCACAUUGGAGGUGUCAAUAUCGUCCUGCUGGAGGGAAUUACCCCAAAUAUCCAACUGGAGGAUUUUCCUACAUCUCCUACAAGCACAGCCAAACAAGAGUUUCUAACCGUGGUGAAGUGCAGCAUUGCCAAAUCCCAGGCCCUGUACAGCGCCCAGAGGGGGCUGAAAACUAACAACGCAGCCGUGGUGAAGGUGGGAGCCAUCAGCAUCAACAUCCCGCAGCACCCAGCCACGCUGCACAGCAUGAUGGUGCGCAGCUCCCACCAGCUCUCCAAGCAGAUCUCCGACCUCAUCCGGCAGCCCUCCACCGCGCCCCAGCCAGCCAAAGAGGAUGUGGCGACUCCUCUGCCCUCGGAGAAGACGCCAACGAGCAUCAAUCAAACGCCGGUUGAAACCAAUGAAUUCCCACAGCUGCCAGAGGGCUUGGAAAAGAAGCCCAUUGUGCUGAAGUUCAGUGCCAUGAUAGAUGGGAUUGCUAUUGGAGCAGCGCUCCUGCCAUCCCUGAAGGCAGAAUACAAGAUGGGAAGGAUGAGGAGUCAUGGGAUGACAGGUGCCCAAACCAGAUUUAAUUUUGAGCUUCCAAACCACAGACUCCGCUUCACUUCAAAAGUUUCUGCCACUGACAUGUCAACCAUUCCCCCUUCGGCCAGUCUCAACCUGCCUCCUGUCACCAUGUCAGGGAAAUAUGUCAUGGAAGAGCAUGACACUUACUCUGACCAGAUCUGGAGCAUCGAUGAGCUCCCUGCCAAGCAAGGCUACUACCUGCAGGGAAACUACCUGCGCUGUGUGGCUGAGGUUGGCUCCUUCGAACAUAAUCUCACGACUGACCUUUUAAACCAUUUAGUGUUUGUGCAGAAAGUGUUCAUGAAGGAAGUAAAUGAGGUGAUACAGAAGGUUUCAGGAGGGGAGCAGCCAAUACCUCUCUGGAAUGAACAUGAUGGUACAACAGAUGGAGAUAAACCAAAAAUUCUUCUUUACUCAUUGAGCCUGCAGUUUAAGGGAAUUCAGGUGACAGCUACAACUCCCUCAAUGCGUGCUGUGAGGUUUGAAACGGGGCUAAUAGAGCUUGAGCUCUCCAACAGACUGCAAACCAAAGCAAUGCCUGGAAGUAGCAGCUACCUCAAACUGUUUGGAAAAUGCCAGGUGGAUUUGAAUCUGGCACUGGGACAGAUUGUUAAACAUCAGGUUUAUGAAGAAGCUGGCUCAGACUUCCAUCAAGUUGCCUAUUUCAAGACAAGAAUUGGAUUAAGAAAUGCUCUCCGAGAAGAAAUCAGUGGCUCAUCAGACAGGGAAGCUGUGCUCAUUACUCUGAACAGACCCAUUGUUUUUGCCCAGCCUGUGGCCUUUGACAGAGCUGUGCUAUUCUGGCUGAACUACAAGGCAGCGUAUGACAACUGGAAUGAACAGAGAAUGGCUUUACAUAAAGAUAUUCAUAUGGCCACGAAAGAAGUGGUGGAUAUGCUGCCUGGAAUCCAGCAAACUUCUGCACAGGCCUUUGGGACCCUGUUCCUUCAGCUGACUGUCAAUGACUUAGGAAUUUGCCUGCCCAUCACAAACACACCCCAGUCUAACCACUCUGCAGAUCUCGACACUGGCUCUGCUUUAGUCCUGACUAUUGAAAGCACACUCAUCACUGCCUGCUCCUCAGAGUCUUUAGUUAGCAAAGGUCAUUUUAAAAACUUCUGCAUCCGCUUUGCUGAUGGCUUUGAGACGAGCUGGGAUGACUGGAAACCAGAAAUAAGAGGAGAUCUAGUCAUGAAUGCAUGUGUUGUGCCAGAUGGUACCUAUGAAGUGUGUUCUAGGACAACAGGACAAGCUGCAGCAGAAAGUAGUAGUGCUGGAACAUGGACACUGAAUGUGUUGUGGAAGAUGUGUGGUAUUGAUGUCCACAUGGAUCCAAACAUUGGGAAAAGACUGAAUGCUUUGGGCAACACUCUCACUACGUUGACAGGAGAGGAAGAUAUUGAUGACAUUGCUGACCUCAACUCUGUGAACAUAGCUGACCUUUCAGAUGAGGAUGAAGUUGACACCAUGUCUCCUACUAUACAUGCAGAGAUUGUUGAUCAUCGGCGGCAGGGAGCUUCCAGUAUCCAAACUGGAGAACAGCGAGGAAGGAAAUUCUUGAAGCGUUUGGUUGAUAUUAGGGAGCUCAAUGAGCAAGCGAAAGUCAUUGAUGACUUAAAGAAAUUAGGUGCAAGUGAAGGGACCAUAAACCAAGAAAUUCAACGCUAUCAGCAGCUGGAGUCGGUGGCUGUGAACGACAUCCGCAGGGACGUCCGCAAAAAGCUCCGUAGAUCCAGCAUGAGGGCUGCCUCCUUGAAAGACAAGUGGGGUCUGAGCUACAAACCCAGCUACAGCCGAUCUAAGAGCAUUUCAGCAUCAGGGAGGCCACCUCUGAAGAGAAUGGACCGAACAAGCUCUCGACUGGGAGACAGCGAAGACCUCCCAGAUAUCCGUGUGGAUGCUGCAUCCCCUGGGCCAAGAGUAACCUUCAACAUACAAGAUUCUUUUCCAGAGGAGACAGAAAUGGACCUUUUGUCCGUAACUAUUGAUGGUCCCUCCCAUUACUCAUCUACUAGUGAAGGCUCAUGCUCGGUAUUUGGUUCACCCAAAACUCCAGUUGUCUUCUCACCCGGCAUUCCCUUCCAGCCUGAAGAGGGACGCCGGGAUGACAGCUUAUCCUCCAGCAGCGAGGACUCGGAGAAGGAGGAUGACCAUGAAAGGGAGAGGACCUAUUUUUAUAGGAAACCACCGAGCACUUCUCGCAAGAAAGCCACGGGCUUUGCUGCUGUGCACCAGCUGUUCACCGAGCGCUGGCCAACUACACCCACCAACAGGAGUGUCACUGGCACCACCACGGAGAGAAACAUUGACUUUGAGCUUGAUAUCAGGGUUGAAAUUGAUUGUGGGAAGUGUGUGCUGCACCCCACGAUGCUCCAGCAAGAGCACGACGAUAUCAGUUUGCGAAGGAGCUAUGAUCGGAGUUCCAGGAGUUUGGAUCAGGAGUCCCCUUCAAAAAAGAAGAAAUUUCAAACUAAUUAUGCAUCUACUACUCACUUACUUGCUGGCAAGAAAGUGCCAUCAUCUCUGCAGACAAAAUCCAGUGAUGUGGAAACAACAGUGUUUUAUAUUCCUGGGGUGGAUGUAAAGUUGCACUACAACUCCAAGACUCUAAAGACUGAAUCACCAAACACUUCUCGAGGAUCCUCCUUGCCACGCACCCUUUCCAAAGAGUCCAAGCUGUAUGGUAUGAAAGAUACUGCCACAUCUCCUCCUCUCUCUAGCACUAUCCACAGCAAGACUAACACCUUACUUCCUCCCCAACCCCCACCCAUCCCAUCAGCCAAAGGGAAAGGAAGUGGUGGAGUAAAAACUGCUAAACUCUACGCGUGGGUCGCGCUGCAGUCACUGCCAGAGGAGAUGGUGAUCAGCCCCUGCCUCCUGGACUUCCUGGAGAAAGCCCUUGAAACCAUUCCCAUCACACCCAUUGAAAGGAAUUACACAGCUGUUAGCUCCCAGGAUGAAGACAUGGGGCAGUUUGAUAUACAAGAUCCCUUAGAAGAGUCCACAACAUCCCUCGUAUCAUCCUCAACAUCAGCAUAUUCCUCCUUCCCUGUAGAUGUGGUGGUUUAUGUACGAGUCCAGCCCUCUCAAAUCAAGUUCAGCUGCUUGCCGGUAUCCAGAGUUGAAUGUAUGCUGAAGUUGCCUUCUCUGGAUCUUGUUUUCUCUUCCAACCGAGGAGAACUGGAGACUUUAGGCACAACAUACCCAUCAGAAAGUGUGUCCAUUGGUGGCAAUACUUCACAGAGCAGCUCAAAGAAUUCAGCUAGUAAAUCUGGAGCACCAGGUUCAUCGCCUGGCCUUGGCAGCCCUCUGGGCAGGACGAGGCACAGCAGCAGUCAGUCGGAUCUGACGACUUCCAGCAGCAGCUCUUCAGGCCUGAGCUUUACUGCCUGCAUGUCUGACUUCUCCCUUUAUGUGUUCCAUCCCUACGGAGCUGGAAAACAAAAAUCAGCUGUUACCGUGCUAACCCCUGGAUCGGGAGCCUUGGGGAACGUGGAUGAGGAGCCAACUUCGGUCACUGGCCGGAAGGAUUCCUUGAGCAUCAACCUGGAGUUUGUGAAAGUCAGCCUGUCACGGAUCAGGCGUUCGGGAGGCUCCUCCUUUUUUGAGAGUCAGUCUGCGAGCAAAGCUACCAGCAAGAUAGACACCACAUUGAUCAACAUAUCUGCUGUCUGUGACAUAGGAUCUGCUUCUUUCAAAUACGACAUGCGCCGCCUCAGUGAGAUCCUGGCUUUUCCCAGGGCUUGGUACAGGAGAAGCAUUGCCAGAAGGCUUUUCCUGGGUGAUCAGACAAUAAAUCUGCCAGCAUCAGGCCCUGGCACCCCAGAUUCAAUUGAAGGAGUAAGCCAGCACCUUUCUCCUGAAUCCUCAAGGAAAGCAUACUGUAGGACAUGGGAGCAGCCCUGCCAGUCUGCUUCCUUCACUCACAUGGCACAGUCACCCAAUGUUUUCAGUGAGCACAGUGCCAGCAGCAGUAUGUCACCUGGGACAGCAUCUCACAGCCUCAAAUCCCCAGCUGUCACAAGGUCCAGGAGCGUCUCUGACUCCUCAGUGCCUCAGAGAGAUACUCUCUCAAAAACAUCAACUCCAUUUAAUAAGUCUAACAAAGCUGGAAGCCAGCAAGGAACACCCUGGGAAACACUGGUUGUGUUUGCUAUGAACCUAAAACAAUUAAAUGUUCAAAUGAAUAUGAGCAAUGUAAUGGGCAAUACUACGUGGACCACCAGUGGUUUGAAAAGCCAGGGCCGUCUGUCUGUGGGAAGUAGCAGAGAUCGGGAAAUCAGCAUGUCUGUGGGCUUGGGAAGAUCCCAGCUUGACUCCAGAGGGGGAGUUGUUGGAGGUACCAUAGAUGUUAACACCCUGGAGAUGGUGGCUCAUAUUUCUGAACACCCAAACCAACAGCCCAAUCAUAAAAUUGAAAUCACUAUGGGUUCUACUGAAGCACGUGUUGACUAUAUGGGAUCCAGUAUCCUAAUGGGAAUCUUCAGUAAUGCUGAUCUUAAACUGCAGGAUGAAUGGAAGAUUAAUCUGUAUAAUAAUCUGGAUUCGAGCAUGACUGAUAAAAGUGAGAUAUUUGUCCAUGGGGACUUGAAAUGGGAUAUCUUCCAAGUGAUGAUUUCAAGGUCAACCACACCAGACCUGAUAAAAAUAGGAAUGAAACUCCAGGAGUUCUUCACUCAGCAGUUUGAUACAAGCAAGAGAGCUCUGUCCACCUGGGGACCUGUUCCUUAUCUCCCUCCGAAGACGAUGGCAAACAACCUAGAGAAAACCUCACACGAGCAGUUGUUGGAUGCAGCCCAUCAUCGCCACUGGCCAGGAGUUCUGAAGGUGGUAUCUGGGUGCCACAUAUCCCUGUUCCAGAUGCCACUGCCCGAAGAUGGGAUGCAAUUUGGAGGAUCCAUGAGCCUGCACGGGAACCAUAUGACCCUGGCUUGUUUUCAUGGACCUAAUUUCCGCUCAAAAUCAUGGGCCUUAUUUCACCUGGAAGAACCCAAUAUUGCAUUUUGGACUGAAGCCCAGAAAGUUUUGGAAGAUGGUACCAGUGAACACUCCACGUACAUUGUGCAAACCCUGGACUUUCAUUUGGGCCAUAACACCAUGGUCACCAAGCCCUGUGGGGCCCUGGAAAGCCCCAUGGCCACCAUCACAAAGAUAACGCGGCGCCGCCACGAAAAUCCCCCCCAUGGAGUUGCCAGUGUGAAGGAGUGGUUCAACUACGUGACAGCCACGAGGAAUGAAGAGUUGAACCUGCUUCGGAAUGUUGAUGCCAACAACCCAGAGAGCAGCACGACAGUGAAAAGCUCAAGCUUGUUAAGUGGCUUCAGGGGUGGCUCCAGUUACAACCAUGAAACUGAAACCAUUUUUGCAUUGCCAAGGAUGCAGCUGGAUUUUAAAUCUAUUCAUGUUCAAGAGCCCCAGGAGCCUUCAUUACAAGAUACAAAUGUUAAACCCAAGGUGGAAUGCAGUGUAGUAACUGAAUUUACAGACCACAUCUGUGUGACUAUGGAUGCUGAACUGAUCAUGUUUCUGCAUGACUUGGUGUCUGCUUACCUAAAAGAAAAAGAAAAAGCAAUUUUUCCUCCUCGCAUUUUGGCUGCUCGUCCAGGGCAGAAGAACUCUGUUGGUGUCCUUGAGGACAGCUCCACUGACAAAGAGGCAGAGGAAAGCAUUACCUACACUACAGUUGACUGGAGGGAGUUUAUGUGCAAUACCUGGCAUUUGGAACCCACACUCAGAUUAAUAUCCUGGACUGGGAGAAAAAUUGAUCCUGUUGGUGUUGACUACAUCCUCCAAAAGCUGGGCUUUCACCACGCAAGGACUACUAUCCCUAAGUGGCUGCAGCGUGGUGUCAUGGAUCCUUUGGACAAAGUUUUGUCAGUCCUUAUAAAGAAACUUGGUACUGCACUACAAGAUGAAAAGGAAAAGAAAGGAAAAGACAAAGAAGAAUAUUAAAAGUACAAUGUGACAACCCUAACUCCAUUUGAUUUUAUCAAAGUGUUUUAUUAUAUUUUAAGAACUUAAAUAUGGUUUAAAGAGAAACCUAACAGCUUUUUGCUACUCUAUUUAAAACUUACAUUGUGAGUAACUGUUUACUGUGGUACUUGAUACCAUUCUGUAUUUGAAGUUAUUGCAUGAUUAUGAUGAUGAUGAUGACCAAUGUAUAUUCUGGGAAGGAAUAGCUGGAACACUGUAAAUCUGCUCCUCAGCGUCCAUUUUAUGAUGUGCAAUAUGAUCCUGCAUCUUUACAAUACUUGCAGAUUAACUGUGAAUUUUCUUAAAAUUUUACUUGCCAUAACACAAACCCCUUGUUGAUGUGACCAGUAAUUGAUUUGUCAAUGUAGACUGGUGUAAAUUAUAUAUAUAUAUAUAACUUAUGAAACUGUGAUUGCCUUAGUGCUAAAAAUCAUGAAGUUUAUUACACUUGUAAUAAAAUUUAACUACUGUACAGGA